AGCUGCCGGACAAACUCUGACUUAAAUGAGAGCGUGAUGAUGCAGAAACAUACCCCGAAAGAUAUCAACAUCACACUUUGCUCCAGCGAGAACAAAUUCCGCGUACCUGUGAGCCCGGUGACUUCUUCACUUACCUGUUACGGUGAUGAAUACCAGAACCUCCCUGAUCCGACCAGGCUUGCUGUGGGGAUGGGAGUGGGGCAGGUGCUGCUUCUGCUGUCGGCUGCCUGUGUGGUGGUACCGGCGAAGGACUUGUUGCUGAACAUCUGUAUGGACGCCAAACACCACAAAACGGAGCCUGGCCCAGAAGGGACGCUGUAUGGCCAGUGUUCUCCCUGGAAGGACAAUGCCUGCUGCACAGCCAACACCAGUUCAGAAGCCCACAAGGACCAAUCCAACCUGUACAACUUCAACUGGAACCAUUGUGGGCUGAUGCCAUCCAAGUGCAAACGCCACUUCAUCCAGGACACGUGCUUGUAUGAAUGUUCACCCAACCUGGGGCCCUGGAUUGACCAGGUUGACAGCAGCUGGCGUCGGGAGAGGGUUCUUCAUGUGCCACUCUGCAAAGAGGACUGCGAGGAGUGGUGGGAGGACUGCAAGGACUCUCUCACAUGCAAGGAGAACUGGCACAAGGGCUGGAACUGGGCAACAGGAACGAACCGCUGUCCUUGGGGCUCCAUGUGCAGACCCUUCAGCCACGUCUUCCCCCGACCAAAAGACCUGUGUGAGAAAAUCUGGUCCAACUCCUACAAAUACACCACAGAGCGCCGGGGCAGCGGGCGCUGCAUCCAGAUGUGGUUUGACCCUGCCCAGGGAAACCCCAACGUGGUUGUGGCCAAGUACUACGCUUGGAAAAAGAGAUCCUCUGCUGCUUGGACUGAGAAUGUGACUCCAGAGACAGACAAAGCUGUGUGUGCUCUGCCAUGGCCUGUCCUAGUCCUGCUGCCUCUGGCUCUUGUGGUGGUCUCUGAGGGAGCUUGGGGCUGUGGAUCCCAUGGAUGGGGGUUCCUGUGA